GUGACAAUACCAAAAGGUUGACUUUUAUGGCUGCUUGUGCCCUACUCACAGGACCUAUGCUGAGGAACCACUAUGACUCUAAUGAACCAACAGAGUACAAAGCAGAACUAGCAAACAAAUUAUGCUGGACGGUGGGUGCUGGAUCAGAAAAUCAAAUAACAAAAUCAAAUAACAAAAUCAAAUAACAUCUACAUUCUACAAUGAACACUUUAACGAAAAGACUUUGGAAAUGUAUUUCUUAUUGCUUUCCAUUUCGUAAAAAGAAACCUAAUGACAAUGCUGUUGAAGAAAUUGAGAUCAAACAGGAAUCACUAGAAAAACAACCUAUUGAAGCUAAUAGUGAAAGAGAAACGAGUUAUGAAGUAAAUAGUGAAAGAGAAACAACUAUUGAAGCUAAUAGUGAAAGAGAAACGAGUUAUGAAGUUAAUAGCGAAAGAGAAACAACUAUUGAAGCUAAUAGUGAAAGAGAAACGAGUUAUGAAGUUAAUAGCGAAAGAGAAACAACUGUUGAAGCUAAUAGUGAAAUAGAAACGAGUAAUGAAGUUAAUAGCGAAAGAGAAACAACUGUUGAAGCUAAGAGGAAAAGAGAAACUACUACUAAAGCUCAUAGGAAAAGAAAGGCGGCUAACAAAUCUAAGAGUACAAGAAAAACUGCUAAGAAGCCUAAUGUUUCACCUGAACGGGAUAAAUUGUACUGUGACGAAUGUGUAUCCAGACAGAAGAGAUGCUUCGAAGACCAGGUUAAAACAUCAAUUGCGAAAAAGAAAGUUUUCUGGACUGACUUUAAAAGAUCCAAUGACUUCGAGAGAGGCCUAUUAAGUAGAGGAUGGGUGAAGAAAAUUGCCCCCACCUUCAAUGCUGGUCCCAAGAAAACUGUAUUUCGUGACCCAACAUAUGGACAUAAGAUUAUAAGUCGUUAUGACAUACAACCCAACCUCAUCCUGACACGCCAAAGAGUUGAACUCCAUCUUCUGAAAGAGGAUCAGAUAACCAAUCACUUUUGCAGAGUGCACGCCACAAGCAAGAGUGGUCUGUGCAAAGUAUUAAGGCAAUGGUGUUUGUCGUGUGAUGCGAAUCCACACACUUUCUUCCCUCGUUGCUACAUGUUUAGUAAGAUAAAUGAAAAACAAGCAUUCAUGGAGUAA